AUGACGAACCGGCGCCGACCACUUGACAAUGACUUGGACGUUUCUCUUGUUGAUGUUUCUCGCUCCCAGGAGCGCAUGGAAGUGCGCAUGCAUAAGCUUGCACAUGGGGGUGACUACCCCGGCCGUGAGGACGACGAAGCUGCCAUUCUUGCGUACUGCAGGAUAUGGAAGGCUUCUGCACUGCCGGGCACGGGGCGACAGGCGACAGGUGAGCCGGUGGGGGCCUCGCCAGGCGCACAGGGUGCGUCUCUGGCGACGGCGGUCUCACAGGGUGCGCCACAGGGGCCGACCAUGCGAGAGGUCGGUUCACAUGUGGCUGCUCCUACGGCCCUGCAACAUCAAGAACCCGUAGCCACGCCAGUUUCUGCCGCGCCCUGCGCGAAGGGCUCUACCGCGGUCCGGGCGGUUGCAAAACCAGCCCAAGAGGCCGCCAUGAUUACCGACGACGACGACUUGCCAGACGCAAAUCUUGCGGAGGCCAUUGCUGACGCUGACAGACCCUCCGACACUGCUCGGCCGCGGAAGAAGGCCACUAAGGCCUCCCGCGCCGCCGCUGCCACUGCGGCCCAGGCGGUCGAGACGACGGUGUGCGCGAGGGAGCAGAGGUCCUCCUCUGGGCCUGCUGCUGCGCGCCACCCUGAUGAGGACGGUUUUGUUACCCCUGCCAGGCGGCACACGGCAAGGGCGGCUGUCCUACAGCCUGCGCUGCCGCUGCCGACCGCCAACGCCUUUCAGGACGCGCCUGAUGAUGUCUCUGACGACGCCGGGGUGCCACGCCGGCCUGCUGCGUCGCGCCCCCCGCCGAUUGUCGUCCAAUGGGACGGCCCUUAUCGGCUGUUCGAGCAGAAGAUCGCCAGGGUGGCGCCAACUGCCAGCGUGCAGCCUGGCACCAGCUUCGCUGAUGCCGCCAAGGGGGGGGCGCCCGCCCCCUCUACUCAGCGGCCUGCUGCCUCUGAUGGCGCUGCGCUGCAGCAGCCUGCCCCGUCAGAUGUGGCUGCUCCCCCUGCACCCGCGCCUUCCGCACCGGCUGCUUCCCCCCGCCGGCGCCGCCGACGGCCGCGGCGCACCGCCCCUGCGGCGGAACGUCCGGCCACUGCUGCCCCGCGACAGCGGCCUGCCCCUCGGGCUGUGUCGCUGCAAACAUCACCUCCUGCGGUCCCACCGCAGCCUGCUGUUCCUGCCUUGGAGGCCGCCCCAGAGGUCCCCACGGCCCCUGAUGCAGCUGAGCUCCGCACGCUUUUGCGUUCGUUGAGCCAGCUGCUCGAGCAGCUGCCGGUGUUAGUCACUGCCGUCACGUCCGCCCUCCAGGCCGGCGUUGUUCCUGCGGACCGCCAUGGAAAAUGA